UGCUUGUUCUUGCCGUUCCUUUGUUUGUCAUUGGUUUAAAUGUGCAAUAAAUUAGUUUUUUAAUCAGUAAAUUAAGUUAAUACGCAGGCGCUUUCGAUAUAUUUACAUAACCAUCGCACAUCUCUAGUCUAGCCAGCCAGCCAACCACCCACAAGAGCACCACCCGACGAUAGCGCCAUUGCGACUUAUUUGAUAGCCGUGCAUUUAUCAGACAUGGUCGACAUUAACUUGGAGUGCGUAAAGUUGAUUGAGCCACAGCCAACAACAACCACAGAGCAGCAGCAACAGCAAUAUCUAGAAGCAGCGCGCAUUCUGCUCGUGCUGCUCGAGAAUGUGCUGAGUCAGCCAAAUAACCUGAAGUUUCGCACCAUUAAUCUGGAGAACAAAGCGAUCAAGGAAAAGCUUCUCUCCCUAAAGGGCAGCGAGCGAUUGCUCGAUGCAAUCGGCUUCAAACGCACGCCAAGCUCCAAUGUGUACACUUUGCCCAGCGAAGUGCCGCUGCAGCAGAUACAAAAGUUUAGAGACGUAUUAAAUAAGCGGCGCGAAGCCUGGCUAAACGGCUCAAUGCCAAAAAGUCCAAUUAAAUCCCAUGUGACAGCAACACGAACAGAAAUGGCUACUACCUGUACCACGCCUUUGUAUAUACAACCUUCGGUGCCCUACAGACAACGCAUUGCCUUUCCACGCAUGCUGCGCACGCCCAAUCGAUUUCUGCAAUCCCUGGAGCUCUACAGCGAUGCGGUCAUGCAGUAUGAGGAUGAGGCACUGCUGGCCAGCGGACGCAGUCUCAUACCCGUCGAUGAGCUGACAAUGAACGCCAGCAGCAAGCUACUUGCCAUGCAGGAACUGAUUGCAUCUGGCCAGUGCCAGGAGAAGGAACCUUGUAUACGUGAUCUUCUGCUAGUUGAGCUAGUCAAUUGGUUCAAAACGCAGUUCUUCGAGUGGGUCAACAACACACCUUGCCAAGUGUGCGGCAGUGAAGACGGCAAACUGCGUCGCACACAAACUGAGGGUGAUGUGCGCGUCGAGGUCACAGUUUGCUGUGGCCAGGAGUCCAAAUUCCAUCGCUACAAUGACAUUUCCCAGCUAUUGGUAACCCGAAGGGGGCGCUGCGGUGAGUUUGCCAAUUGCUUUACAUUCCUGUGCCGGUGUCUGGACUAUGAUGCACGCCUAGUGCACUCCCAUUUCGAUCAUGUAUGGACCGAGGUGUUUUCGGAGACGCAAAUGCGCUGGCUGCACGUGGAUCCAUCGGAAAAUGUGGUCGACUCACCGCUCAUGUAUCAGCACGGCUGGAAGCGCAAAAUCGAUUAUAUAUUUGCCUAUUCGCGGGACGAUGCACAGGACGUGACCUGGCGCUAUACCAACAAUCAUCGGCAAAUAUUGCAGCUGCGCAGGCUGUGCUCCGAGAAGGAGCUAAUCGAAACGCUGAAUGUGAUCAGGGCCAAGCGCCAGCAAUUCUCUAGCCCCGAACGCAAAAAAUUCCUCAGCCAACGCUACAUGUGCGAGGUCAUUGCAAUGACCGUGGAACGCACGCCAACCGAGAGCGAGCUGAAGGGCAGAAGCUCGGGCAGCUUGUCGUGGCGACAGUCGCGUGGCGAGCACACAUUCACCAAUAUAUUCGUAUUUACGCCAAAUGAAAGCGAGCUGGAGCUACGUCAAUUCAAUCUACGCUACAGUUGCGCCAGCGAUACGUACGAGCGAUAUACCAAAGAUGGCGACCGUUUCAACAUACUGGAAACCUACAAGACCUGGCAAAGUGCGCAAUACUCAUCGAGGAACAUAUUCCGCAAGGUGGAGCGGGAUUGGAAAAUGGCCUAUUUGGCGCGCCUAGAGGGCACGGACAGCGCUGAAAUCAUUUGGAAAUUUAAUUUGAGCAAAUCAAAUCUUAAAGUUAAAUCCUACAAACUCAUAUUCGAAACAAAAACCUUUGGCGAGGGCAAAAUUAAUGUGAGCAUGGAGACCAAUGAUGGCAAUAAUUGCAUCGAAAACGCCAGUGAAUUCCAGAUUGUGGCCAAGUUGAGUGGCGUGGAUUGGCAGCACUCGCAACUCUUCAGACAGAGCCUAAACUCAAGGGAAUAUCCGUUUGAGUUGCAACUAAUAUUGCAUUAACGUGAACAAUUACCAAUUAUUUUGAUCGGAUUCCCAAUUGUAUUGUAAAUAAACCCGACCUACCUCAAGCUUUAUAUUAAAAGGAUUUUUAAGAGGAAA